AUGCGGCAUUCCAGGCAAACUGAUAAUCGUGACUGGGAUAAAAAAGGAAGUCCAGCUCGCAGAAAAUGCGGCAGUGGCAGUAAGAGAAAGAGGACAUCAUUAGGUGGUGCACAGGAGAGCAAGCACUGCAAACGUGAUCUUUCUGAAUUUCCUGAGAGUAGCUGUUUAGAAACCAAAACUGUAAAUGAAAGAGACUGUCAUGAACGAUGUUGUGUUGAAGAAUACAGAAACGAGUACCAGCAGGGAUGUGAUACUGGGCAUCAGAGCAGCAACUCAUCGGGUCAUAGUGGGACGAGUAGUUACAAAAGGAAAUACAAGACACAUCACACUACCUGUCGUGAUGAUUCACAGAGGAGUCAUCGAAGGAAAAGACCCAGGAGUGUAGAGGAUGAUGAGGAGGGUCACCUGAUCUGUCAGAGUGGAGACGUACUAAGUGCAAGAUAUGAGGUUGUUGCUACGUUGGGUGAAGGUGCUUUUGGAAGAGUAGUGGAAUGCAUCAAUCACGAAGCGGAAGAUAGGCACGUAGCUGUGAAAAUAAUUAAAAACGUUGCUAGGUACGCCGAAGCAGCUUACGCUGAAAUAGAAGUACUGGAACACUUAAACGCAUCAGAUCCCAGCAGUACAUAUCGCUGUGUCCAGAUGUUAGAAUGGUUUGAGUACCACGGCCACGUCUGCAUUGUUUUUGAGCUACUCGGGCUCAGCACCUUUGACUUCAUUAAAGAGAAUGGCUUUCUGCCAUUCAAGCUGGACCACAUCAGGCAUAUAGCGUAUCAGAUCUGCAAAUCGGUGAACUUUUUGCAUUUGAACAAGUUGACACAUACAGAUCUGAAACCGGAAAAUAUUUUAUUUGUGUCGUCUGACUACAUAGAGGAGUAUAACCCCAAACUGAAAUGCAACGAACUCACAGUAAAAAAUCCAGACAUCAAAGUUGUGGACUUUGGGAGCGCAACAUAUGAUGAUGAGUAUCACUGCGCUUUGGUGUCUACAAGACAUUACAGAGCUCCGGAAGUUAUCCUAGCACUAGGAUGGGCACAACCAUGUGAUGUCUGGAGCAUAGGCUGUAUUCUCAUAGAAUACUACCUUGGAUUUGCAAUAUUCCCAACCCGUGACAGCAAAGAACACCUGGCAAUGAUGGAGCAAAUACUGGGGCCUUUGCCAAAACACAUGAUAAAGAAAACCAGGAAACAGAAGUAUUUCCGUGAUGACCAGCUGUGUUGGGAUGAACACAGUUCUGCGGGCAGAUACAUCUUAAGGCGCUGUAAGCCACUGAAGGAACUAAUGACCUGCCAUGAUGCUGACCACAAGAACCUCUUUGACCUCAUUCAGAAGAUGUUGGAGUAUGACCCAGCCAAACGCAUUACUCUUGCAGAAGCACUGGAACACCCCUUUUUUUCCCCACUGAAACAGGGAAAAAGGGCACUGUCUCCUGCAGCUGAGCAGGCUGACACAGAUGCCAGCCCACCAAAGAAAUACAAGUAG